UGGCCGCCCUCUCCCCCGCGGAAGAAACCCAACCCUAGCCUCCGCCGUGCGUCUCCGGCGACCCUUCAGCAGCACCGCCGGGCGGCCUCGCGGGCUCUCCUGGAGCGGUUCCGCUGCAAAUCUGAAGCGCGAGCGUUGAGGAGGAGGAGGUGUUGGUCGGCGAUUUACUGAUUUGGGGGGCGGAGGAGGAUGGGGUCGUCGUCGAAGGUGGUGCGGCCGGAGGAGGUGCUGGAGUCGCUGAAGAACGACGGCACCGUCGACGCGCUCCGCAUGAAGAUCAUGGCCCAGCUCAAGGCCGACGAGGACAUGAAGAAAAAUACUAUGAUGAUGGUGGAACAAAGCAAAGUUCUGAAGACUCCUGGAGCUGAGAAAAAGACCAAGAGGGAGCUGUUUGAUGCUCUUAGACAAGAAUUGGAAACUCCGGUUCUUGAGAAAGUCUCAAAGGCAGUUUGGGAGCUGAUACUCGACAAUGGUGGACUAGGGAAAGAGAUCACCGAGACAGUUGAGAAAGUCUUCUGCCGGCUCAGCGGAAUUGAUGUGAUGCCACCUCCAGCUUCAACAUCCGGUGCUCCUCAAGAGAAACAUACAAACAUGGCUGUAGAGGAGGAUCAGAAGGAUAUGGAAAUGGAUGCCUCUGAACCAUCGUCUUCCUCAAGGAAGAGGCCUUUCAGUGACAUCAGUGUGAAAGGAGCAGGUGCUAUACCAAACGGUGGCGCUACAUACCAGCAUGACGAUCAUGAGGACGGGAACUAGGAGAUCUGGGCGUGUCGUGGACAAGCAUUCGGGUGAUCCUGGGGAGAGCGUGUGCUCAAUUGCAUCAGUGGAAAACCUUAUGCGUCGGGGAUCAAUCAGUGCUACUGCGGCGCUGUCUCCUGCACAUUGCAUGGGAGGAGGCACCAAGGCUGGUGCGAAUAAGGGACUAGAUGGACUCAUGCUCAAGGCGCACACUGGAUGAUCUCUCCCUCCUGCGUGAGGAUGUCAUUCUGUAAUAGGAUAGACCUUACUUAGAUCCCUUGCUGCGCGCUGGAUGUGUUGCCGAACCAAUUGCUCUUAGUAGUUGUAGUUUGCAUAUAGUCUGGCCUGCUACUUUGGUGAGGCUCGAGUGCUACCAUUAUAUUUCGGUUUGCUGUUCUCCGUUUUAUGCAAUAAAAUGGAGAGGGGGAAACCCCUUUUGUUUCAAAAAAAUUAUACAGUGACAAUCAAUCGGACAUCAUUCACAGAUA